AUGCUCGAACGAGAGGGCCAGGAGCUUGUAUCAGACCAAUCUCAAAUGCUGGAGUCUCUAGGCAAACGAGUCGAUCUGAAUGUCCAAGUCACAUCACCCCAAAAUCAAAGUCCUCCAAAUACCGAGUGGUCAAAUGCGAAUAAAACAACGCCACAUGACGGCCCAAUUGCAUUCAAAUUUGCAGAUGCAGAAGCGGUAGUGAAACUGCUGGUCCCAGUCGCUGAAAAAAGUGGACUUCGAAAGCAAAGUAACUCACUAAAACCUCCUAUCAUGCACCCUCCUCGUAAACCAAAUCAUCAUGAUGAUACGUCCUCUGGUAAACAACUCAAGCAACCAGAUAAAAGAUAUGAAACCCUUCCGGCCAAACAUCAAUCCCAGCAAUCACGUACUCUGGCGCCUGCUUUUGGACCUAGCACAAUCUCCCAGGCCCGUAGCCUUCGUUUGGAAGCUAAAGUCCCAACAUCCAACCAAUCUCAAUCAUCUGCGCUCCCGUCCUACAACAACACACAAGGUCAAAACCCUCUUGCGGCAAUUCUCGUUGAUCCCCCAGUACCAUCCGCUCUUGUUGCUGAGCCAUCUUGUAUCUCAUUAGAAAAAAAUCCGGUUUCAAAUUACACACCACUCGCUGGACCAUCUCAUGUUGCCUUGGGAAAACGCCCAGCUUUGAAUACUCUGGCCACUAUUGAUGUUUCAGGACCACAUUCGCCCAUCGCUGGACCAUCCCGCAUCCCAGCUUCUCAUCUUUCAACCUCCCUAUCACCACCUGCGCGUCCCGUCGAUCAUCAAAUCCGAGCCUCCGUUGAUUCCACAGGACCACACCCACAUACCCAUUUGAGAUCAAAAACCCCGUCUGGUAGGAGAUCAUCCAAAGCCUCACGGAAUCGUCACUUGAACAGCCCCAGCUCACAAUUGAGCCGUUACAAAUCACCCAUCAGCAACUCUUCAUCUUCUGCGUCAGAAGAUGAAGAUUUGAACUCGGAUGAUUCGUUCAUUGAUUUAGAAGAGAACCUGAAGUACAAGCGCAAACGCAUAGACCGACGAGACAAGGAAACACGCGACAGGCAUGUUCAAUCCCGCCUCGAAAAGUUAGCACAGACCCCAGUUAGGCCUUCUCCAUACGAUGCUUUGUCCAAAUCUAUUCAAUACUACGUAAAAUUGUUGCUUGGUAUUCAGCGCAAGGUCAAACGUGACCCUUCUAUCAUAUCGAAUAGUAUUCUUCCGGACCCUCCCUCACUUACUGAAUGUGAAGCCUGGGAACAACGCAAACUCGAUAAACGAAUAUGGAUCGAAAAUUGUGUUGAUCAAGCCACUUACCGCUAUCGACGAAAGUAUCCAAAUGCCAAGCCAAGUCAGAUACUCGCUGUUCAGGCUGACGCAGCGGAAGAAGCGGUAUCAAAUAUUCAGCCAUCUGUUUUUGUCUUGCAGAUACCAUCAAUAAAUCCAGGCCUGAAGUAUUCUAUUCGAGAGCUACGUACGUGUGAAGGCGCGUUGGCUCUGGCUGGGUUCUCAAGAUUUACAUUUGAUUGGAGAAGUUCAAUGAAGUCUGCUUGGAACGAAGCUGUUGCGGCAAUCGUCCUUCAAGAAUGGGCAAAAUGUUACGCAAGGGGUGGGGCCGACGCUUAUUUGAUUAACAGUCGUCAGGCCACAGCAGAAAAUCAGUUUCUUGUUCUUGAACGGUGGUACGAAUACAAAAAAAGGGAUUAUUCAAGUGGCUUAACAGAAGACAGCGCAACUACGGAUGCAGAUGGGCAGCGAGGGGAGGAUAUCAACCCUUCUAUAAUCAAAGAGGACUUGAGACGAGAAAAAGUUGCACGGAAAAACUCAAAAAAAAGAUACUUUGCCACAAACUUAAAAAUGUACAACAUUCUAUCAGAUACAGCAGUUCAUUCAGAAGACGAAGUUGAUGACUCUGGCACGCGUCAUCGAGUAUAUAUACCCUGGAGAUCACGGGCAUUAACCCAUUUCUUGGGUGAACUUGAUAAGCUGUACAAGUUGAGUCAAGCUGGUGCCAGUGCACGCGCUUAUGGUCUCGCAAUCAAAGUUUUAGACCGUGGCAAAUAUGUGCAAAUGGAAGAUGAUGUGAAAGAUGUUUGUUAUCCUCCAAAGGGAUUUCCGCGAUCAUUGACAAGCUCUACAUUUUUGAAUUCAUUAUCAAGGGCGGAGAUUGCUGCACUUCAGCUCUCUUCCACGGAUUAUGACAUCCAAGGUAUGGUUGUCAAAGCACAGGACUGGCGCAGACGCGUCUGA